AACUCCAACUUGCAUAACAUUGUUUGACAAAACUCACUAUAUACACUUGAAGCCUCCAUCCAUACCCAACAACAACAAACACCACAGGGCCAAGGGCUAUGGAGUCUAAGCAUUUCAGCCACGUCCACGGCCUGCUUUUCCAUCAGACGGCGCAGGGCUCCGAGAUCCACUGCGCCGGCUGCAGAUCACCGGGCUCCGGCAACAUCUACGCCUGCUGGAAGUGCAACUACUUCUUGCACGAAGACUGCUUCCGCGCGAGCCGGUCCCUCACCCACCCCGCCCACCCGCACCACCCCCUCACGCUCGUGUCCUACCCAACCUACCCCUCCACCCAGUUCUUCUGCAACUCUUGCAACCUCGUCGGGAGUGGAUUCUGCUACUGCUGCUCUGAAUGCGACUUCGAUGUCCACAUCCAUUGCGCGCACAUGGCUGCGCCUCCGCAUCUCUCACACUCGGCUAGCGUCCCUCUCCCUAAUCUCACCAACAAUCAAAGCAGCCCCUUCCCGAGCUACGUGCCCUCGUCGUGAGCAGCAUCGUGUUUUAUCUGUAUCCGUGGAUGUCACGUGUAUAUUGGUGAUGUGUAUCUUUCACUAAUUGACGUUUUUUCCCCCUUAUAUUUGUGAUAGUUUAUGAUGAUGAUUGUUAUUCUGAUUGAAUAUGAGAUAUGGUAUACAAUUAUCUGUUGGAGCUAGAG